GACCCCUCUCUCUCUCUCUCUCUCUCUCUCUCUCUGCCUAAUAGUCCACAACAGAUUGAGUCUCACUCCAAUCUAUGACUUUCUCUCUCUAACCCAGAAGGCGGGGUAGAAGCUCUUUCUGCACUGUUUUUCUCUCCCUUUUCCCCAUUGCUAAAGCAACGUCGCUGAGUUCUCAUCCUUCAAAUUAGGUACUCUUUUCCCCUCAACAAACUUUCCCUUUUAAUCUCUUUGCAUUUGGGGUGUGUCCCUUUGCCUUCAAGUUUUACUUUUUCUACCUGGGUCUCUAUCCCGUUUCGGAUCUGCUUCAGAUUUGACUCCAAACCAUGCUUCUUUGAUCAAGAUCCACUUUUCAUUCAAUUAUCCCUUCAUCACUUUCAUUUAGCUGCUUAUGGUUGUUUCUUAUUAUUGAAGAACUAAAUGGAUGAUCAGCCGUGGAUUUGGUAUGUAUGAUCUAAAUUGAAACUGUUUGUCAUCUAUGAUGGACUCGGGAACUAGCGCUAUACUUCCCCCAAAACAUCAUCAGAAGGUGACUGGGAUCCAAACUGUAGAAACAAAAAACAUUAAGCCUUCAGCACUGCAGGCUCAGAAGACAGAUAAACCUGAACUUGUUGGUCCUAAAAGUUCAUUGAAGUCUGUGCAAAACACACUGAAGCAAAAAACUGGGGACACUUUUGAAAACAAGUUGGGAAUAUCGAACCAAAAGGGAUCUGCUGAUUCGUUGAAUGAUAAAUGUGAUUCUGGAUCCUCUGGUGCUUCCUUACCUGUUAUUGACCAAACAUCUGGAGAAGUUCACUCUGAUGUUAAUGAGAGCAGAAAUCAAGAAAAAAAGACUUCAGAAUAUGGAAGUGUGAAGAGCAGUUUUGUUUCUGCUAAAGUUAGUGACGGGGCUGGCAGUCUUGCAAAGACCAGUGGAAGUGCCAAGAUGAGUGACCGGGCUGAUUUUGUUGAGAGUGGUAAGAGCAGUAUUUGCAGAGGAAGUACAAGCAGUGAUUUGAGUGAUGAAAGUAGUUGUAGCAGUUUUAGUAGCGCUGUUAACAAGCCCCACAAGGCAAAUGAUUUGAGAUGGGAAGCUAUUCAAGCUGUUCGAGCUAGAGAUGGGGUAUUGGGUUUAGGUCAUUUUAGACUACUGAAGAGGUUGGGUUGUGGGGAUAUUGGCAGUGUGUAUCUUUCUGAAUUGAGUGGAACUAAAUGCUAUUUUGCAAUGAAGGUAAUGGAUAAAGGGUCCCUUGCUAGUCGCAAAAAACUACUCCGUGCCCAGACAGAGAGAGAAAUACUGCAGUCAUUGGACCACCCUUUUCUCCCAACUUUGUAUACACAUUUUGAGACAGAGAAGUUCUCGUGUUUGGUAAUGGAAUUCUGCCCUGGUGGAGACUUGCAUACUCUUAGGCAGAGGCAGCCAGGGAAGCAUUUUCCUGAGCAGGCAGUAAAAUUUUAUGUGGCGGAGGUCCUACUGGCUUUGGAGUACCUUCACAUGCUUGGGGUUGUUUACCGUGAUCUCAAGCCAGAAAAUGUCCUUGUCAGGGAGGAUGGACAUAUUAUGCUCUCUGACUUUGAUCUUUCCCUACGUUGUGCUGUUAGUCCAACCCUUGUCAAAACCUCAUUCACAGAUUCUGAUCCUUUAAGAAAGAAUCCUGUUUACUGUGCCCAGCCUGCAUGUAUUGAGCCACCUUCCUGCAUCCAGCCAUCAUGUGUUGCUCCUACUACUUGCUUUUCACCUCGGCUCUUUUCUAGCAAAUCAAAGAAGGAACGGAAACCCAAAACCGAAAUUGGCAACCAAGUGAGUCCAUUACCCGAGCUCAUUGCUGAGCCUACUGAUGCUCGGUCUAUGUCAUUUGUUGGAACGCAUGAAUACUUGGCGCCUGAGAUCAUCAAGGGUGAAGGUCAUGGGAGUGCAGUUGAUUGGUGGACUUUUGGAAUCUUUCUAUAUGAGCUGUUGUUUGGAAAAACGCCAUUCAAGGGAUCUGGAAACCGAGCUACAUUGUUUAAUGUUGUAGGUCAGCCUCUGCGGUUUCCUGAAGCACCUGUUGUGAGUUUUGCUGCAAGGGAUCUUAUAAGGGGGUUGCUUGUAAAGGAACCUCAGCACAGAUUGGCAUAUAAAAGAGGGGCUACUGAGAUUAAACAACAUCCCUUUUUUGAGGGUGUGAAUUGGGCAUUGAUCCGGUGUGCUACCCCGCCAGAGAUCCCAAAGCCAGUAGAGUUUGAGAAGAUACCUUCUCCAGCUUCAGCAGCCAGUGAAAAGGCUGUCCAUCAUAUGACAAUACCAAAUCAGAAAGGUUCUGAUAAUUACCUUGAGUUUGAUUUCUUCUAGGGACAGACAACAUUGAUUCCAAAAGGUUUCUGUUAGGGGAGGAACUGUUUUUUUCGAUGUCUAAGGAACAGAUGAUGAGGAAUUGUAUGUUUGUUUUUAUUUUCUGUUGCAGUUUUAUAUUUGUAUGGCAUGAUUAAUGCAUGGCUUCUCUGUCAUGUCCAAGGUUUAAAAGAAAAUUUCCCUACUAACUCACAAAUAUGCCUUAGGAAACCAGUAGGAAAAUGUGGAAAGGCAGAAAGCACUACUCUAUAGACUUGAAAAUCAUUUAGAAUGUAAAAUGCUUUAGAUGAUUUAUUUUCUGCUUAGCAUUGGGCACUUAUGCUUUGCAACACCUCCAUUCGAGUAGUAACCCUCACCUUGCAUGCGAUGGGUAAUUGCGAUCCUGUGUAUUCUGCACCAGCUACUGUGUUUAUAUUUUAUGCACAUUUGGAUCCUCUCCU